GGGCGGUCCUCGGAGUCGGAAGCCGUCCCCGGCCCGCCCCCAGCACGCGAACCGCCGGCUCCGCCCGCCUCCACCGCCCCAUCUGGCGCCGCCGCCGCUGCGAGGAGGCUUCUGCCGUCGCCGCGCGCAGCGUGCGAGGUUUGGGCAGCUCGGCGAGGCCGCGGCGCCUGCGUCCUCCCGGCGGUCUCCAGACAACUGAAACCUGGCUGCAGCCCGGUUUCUUUCUCCACCCGGUGCCACUGACCCCUGUCCAAAGGAGGACUCCUCGUGAGGACACAGCAGCCCAAAGGAGCCCCACCUGCCCAAGCCUCACCUGCGCCUGUCCUGCUUGUGUCUGCCUGGUGACAGGACGAGCGUCUCUGGCUUUGUGUGCCUGUGGACUGACAUCUGUCCUCUCCAGCAUGAGGGUCUUCUUGCCGGUGCUGCUGGCUGCCCUUCUGGGUGUGGAGCCAGUCCAUUCCCUGGUGUGCUUCUCCUGCGUCAAUCAGAACAGCAAUCUCUACUGUCUGAAGCCCACUGUCUGCUCCUCCUCUGACAACUACUGUGUGACCAUAUCUGCCUCUGCUGGCAUUGGGAACGUCGUGGACUUUGGCCACACCCUGAACAAGGGCUGCUCCCCCAUCUGCCCUGGUCCCAGCGUCAAUCUCGGCGUCGCGGCUGUGGGCACCCACUGCUGCCAGAGCUUCCUGUGCAAUUUCAGCGCAGCUGGUGGGGGACCACGGGCCAGCACCCCACUGCUGGGCCUCGGGCUCCUGCUCAGCUUACUGUCUGUUCUGCUGAGACUGGGCCCCUGACCUCCCAGACCUGUGUCCCCCACACCCCGCAGCUCAGGAAGAAAAGCCCAGUCCCUUGCAGAUCCCAGGAGGCUGUUGGAGCCUCCACUCCUUGGCGUGCCUGAUCCCCCCACUUGGGCUACAACCACCCGGGCACCACCUCUGCCCCAGCCCCUACCCCUCGUGGGGCCUGCUGCCCUCACUUCUAUGGCCAGUUGUGUGACUUUUCUGGAGGAACCAGGGAAGGGAUGAGGGUUCCCCUGAAGUCUUAGGAUCCUCAAGGGCAGGAUUGAGCAUUUUGGACACAGUGAAAGACAUCCAAGCCAUCAGCCCUAGACACACUGGAUGUGGGGUAGGGUGGCGGCGGAGGGUGGGCGUGCUUGCCGGUGGACACCAGCGUGUUGUGCAUGUGUGUGUGGGAGCCCUGUGGGCGCAGUGUUGGGGGGAAGGGACAGGAGAGUCCAGGGCGGCGGCAGCCCCGGGAGCCCAGCUUCACCAAAGCCCCUUCCCCGACCUCUGCACCCACAUUGCACUCUCUUCAGGAGUAGCCUUUCGGGGGCUCCCAGUGCUUCCAGGCCUGGGCUCCUGGCCCCAGGUCCAGCUGAGUCCUGCCCACUGUCCCCUCGCCCCCACACUGGAGCCCUGCUGCUGCUUCGGUGCCUCAAAUAAAAUGUUGCCAC